AAAUUGCAGCGAAGCAGCAAUCCUGGUUUUCUAACGACUGUCAGCUUCCGAGCUAGCGACGGACUGACCUUGGAGACGAAAGUGAGGAUAACGGCGUACGACGUCAGGGAACGCGUGAGUCAAACGGCGACACCGAUCGGGAGCGCGAUCGUUACGUUGAACGCGGUUCAAGAUACACCCAGGCUAAGGAUACCGUUGAAAUCGGCAAAAACAACGACCGUCGGUUUCUUGACGAUCAACGUGUGGAAUUUGGAAGCGGAAGACAGGGGGAACAGUACGGAAAGCACUCCGUCGAAGGAACCCUCCUCCGCGAUGAACCAUCAGGUACUGUCGCACAGACGAUCGCAAUCAUUACCGCCUAGAUUGGGAACGAAAAUCAAGUUGCCGCAUCAAGGACAGCUGAAGCUCCUGUUUGCCAAUCCGUACAUACAGACAUACAGAUUUCACUCGGGCCUAGGCGGUGACAUUUGCGUACACGAAAUCAUGGCAGAGAGCAAACUUUGUUUCCAAUUUCCGCAGCAUUUACUUGCAAUUUGGAUUCAAGAAGAGAAGGAACUGCUGCAGGAAGUGGCCGGUAUGGGUGAACUGAGAGAACCCUGGCACACGAGGCAAGUCGAGUUGCUCGAUCGGCAUCUGCAUCUUUUGCAUCUUUAUUCGCAAGCUAAAGAGAAUUUGGCUGCGUUCAAAGGAAGUUAUUUCAAGCGAUCGUCACGUAGGAACGAUAGAACGUUCGAAUUUGCACCUGUUAACUUACAUCUUCAGAGAAUGUGGGUGCAUAACGAUACGUUAAACAGAUGUGGAUUUUACGACUUUAUCACUGUCGGAGCGUUCACCGCGCAUUCGCAUAAGAGUAAAAACGGCGGACUCAUUAGGUUGCUGCAAGCUUUAAAGGAAUCGCCAACGCGUGGCAAUCAGUUGUAUCAAGGCACGUCGAAGAUAACGAUGGCGCACGAUGCUAUUCAAGCGAUUAAACAACUCCGGCGAGACGUUGUCGACGCUAUGCGCGCACUGAUGAAACUCGCCAAAGACAAGCAAACUAGCGGCAUGUUGCCAAUUUGCGAGGAUAUGAUCACAAAGACGAGAAUUUUACUCAGUCUGUGGGAUCCUGGCUUGGUCGAGGAGGCGUUGACUUUCCUGGAGGAGUAUAAAGUGGCCAAGAUUCACGAAACCUCCAACGACAAUGCUCUCAACUUGGACUUUAAAACGAACCAGUCGCUCUCUCCUUUCAAACGGAUCACGCAGCAGUUGAACUUUGACCUGAAAAGUCCGGACUUUGACGACUUUGUUACGCCUGACACUCCGGAAUGCGUGAAAGAUCUAUGGACGAAGGAGAGCGAGAGGAACGGCUUCACGGCCUCGUUUCCCUCGACCUAUCGCGUUAAUUCCAAGACGCAAGGCCACCAAGGUGAAGAUAACGGGGCCGGCGAUCGAAAGGAGGAAGAAAAUUUUGUUAUUUUUCCAGAUGUCGAAAACGACGCUACAGACUCGGUGAUUGUCGAAACGCGCGCGGAAACGACCAAUCGAAACGACGAUAACGACAACGACAACGACAACGACAACGACAAUGACAAUGACAAUGAAAACGACAACGACAACGACAACGACGACGACAACAACGGAAACGAUUCUGUCGUAGGAAACGACACUAUCGUAGCAGCUGGCACCAAGUGCGAGGAUAACGAGGGACGAGAGGAGGAAGUUAAAGGCGACAUCGACCCGUGCAAACGCUUCCUGGAUACUCAAAAGAUGUGCAACUCGCCGUCUGCCAAUUAUUACAAGCCCACCGACGAGCCGGAACCGUGGGAUCUCACCCAACUGAACAUCGAGGCGAGUGUAAUGUGUUUGGUGUCGAAAGUAAAGUUUCUCUGCGGAAGGUGCAGCAGCCCGGCUGUACGGCUGCGGAAUAAAAACGUCGUGGGCCGAUCGCACAGCUUGAGGGGAUGCAUUUCGAGCAGUCGCGGCAAGACCGUCCACGUCGUGACGAUUCAGCCGAAAAAUGACGUUAAGAGUAACGACGAGUCGAGCAAGUUGCUCGACGCCUCGACGACCGACAGUCGUACAAAUUUUAAGCAACAACCGAGCUCAAGCUCGGAAAAGAUGCCAGCCUUCUCCAAAGCCAAAGAAGUAUGCCAGGCUGUUGAUUCGAUGACAAGAGUGAUUAAAAGUAAUUCAGGACAAAGGAACAAGUUCACCGAAGGCUUGGAUUUUGCCACGAUUGUUGAUUGGACGAGCGAGCUCCGACCGAGCAUGAAGAAGCUACGACAAGCUAUGGACGGGUUAUUGAAAACCGCUCGAUUGACGCAUUCGGUGUUCAGGGUACAAGAAGACCCGAAAAUAGCUCAACGCGCUUGCAACGUUCGAUACAGACGAGACGUGUGCUUUAGUCAAGCGUUGACCAGCUUGGUAUCGGGACUGAUGGCGAAGCUUUGGUGUCAAAGACCCGACCCCAUGUUUCUUUUGAUUUUGACCACUCUUGGCCCCCUGGUCUCGUUCGAGGGACUUCUCAGUUAUUACGGGGACGAGAUCGACAUGUGGGGAGACAUGACCGUGGCGGUCGAGGAUAUGCACACUGUAACUUUCACGCUGACCAGGUGCGGGAUUGAACCAAGAUUUGAGGGAAAUUGCAACGUUCCGUUUCAACAACCACUACCAAGAGUGCUUGGUUCCCGAGCGGCGUUGACGGUCGUGUUGCCCGUGCCGGAUGCAAUCUAUUCUCUGCUGCCGUUGGUUCCCACUUCCAGGCAAACCAUCUCCUUCAACGUCACCCCAGUUUUCUUCAACGUCGGUAUCAACGAAAUGGCUUCACUGGCGGAGAGUCUCGGAACGACGAAACCCCAGGAGAAAAGCAAUAUGGACAAUUUCGAAAGACUGAACGAGUAUUAUUUGCGAUUCAAGAAACUCAACUUGCCAACAGAGACACUGUCGACGCGACUUGGUGCGAGAUCGCCGCUUGGCCAAACAUUGGCGGAGCUGAUGGUCAAUCUGAAGGCAAGCGUUCAAGCGAAAGUAAACAAGAACGUGGAAGUGUUGCAAUUGUCCUCUCAAAUUUGUCGGAGAAUGCGCGGCCUGAGAUUUACCAGCUGUAAAAGUGCGAAGGAUCGCACGGGGAUGUCAGUUACGUUGGAGCAAGUGAACAUCCUGAGCGCCGAGUAUCACCUGGCCGAACACGAAUACACGAAAGCGCUCGACUGUAUGCGAAGCGAAGGAUGUCGACGGGAGAACACGUGGAAGAACAUCGGAAUUCGGAAAUACGCGUUCAACAGCUUGCAAAUACUGACAUUUCCGAAACUGUAUCGGCCACCGACAGGGACCUACGGAUCGGCGCAAACCUAAUCGUUUAAUUCGUGACCUUGUCGCGUGUUACGCGCGGCACAGGGAUCCAUUCGAGUAAAAAAACGAGAAAGAGAGGUGGAGAGGAAGCGAAGUAACUCGAUUAUACCAGACGGAAUAAUUUUUUUCGUACAAAUUACACGUAAAUAAGUCUCGUUCUUUUGACAAAGUCGAUCGAGGAUUCGUAAUCGAGUCGCGCUACGGAAACGAACAAAUUCUUUGAGACGAUCGCGUGCGCAUCCGCGCUCGAUUCUACGCGAGAACGAAAGAGAUAGAGUGCCAUUUCGUUUGAUACCAUCGCCUGUUAAUACAGAGAUCGUGAAAUUUUGAAACGAUGUAUUUUUAUUAUUUCUGUACAUAGAAUUUCACCUUAGAUUAAGAGUAUAACACGCGAAAUGGAAUAGGAAUUUUAUCGAAAUUCGCGUUAUGUGCCAAUAUAACGAUAUAACGAUAUAA